AUGGAUUGGAUGAGGAAAAACAAUAAAAUAUGUGAUGAAGAGAAGAGAUGGCUGAGAAGCCUUGUACAUCUGAUGGCCUUCUGCGUCACGUCGACCUCAGCAGCGCUUGCUGUGCAAAAUGUCGCUGUCCAAAAGCAAUCGUUGAAAUUGCAAUCCAUCACGAUGGACGACGACAACGACUCCUCUCCUCUAUCAUGGACAGACACGAUCGGACACAACCCCUUCUUUCUCUUGAGUAGCAGUGUCUCCAUAUCCAUCUAUCCGUACUGUGAUCACUGA